AUGCCGGAAAACAUCUUCAGCAAUACCUCACAUGUCCUCACUACUCACCUUGCUUCUACUCACAAUCAUCCAAACACAUCAGGUUUGAUCGUCCGUCGGAUCCCACAAGAACCUAUCAAAGAUCAAGGCCCUAUCGUCGGUCAUACCAACACUUCGAAUCGUCUAGCCGCCGAGAUGUUCAAACAGCUACUUCAAGAUGAUCCGCUUUCCCCAGCUAUCAAGGAUGACAGCCUCACUUCUGAACCCGUCAAUCCCGAGCCCGAAUCUCUCUACGACUGGUACGACAUCGUUCUUCGUCGCCCUGCAGACCCGAAUGUCAAAGCAACUCUAGACAUUUCCGUCGAUCCUGAUUUACAUCCACUCGCCGUCGAACACCCGGCACGAGUAUGGAACUUCCUCCUACAUUCCACUCCGAGAAAGUACCAACCCACCAUUCGAUGGAAGUACGAUAUCUCCCAUAGUCACGAGUUGGAAAUCACAGGUGGACAAGAAGAUAGUUUCCUAGCUCAUCUCACACUUACACUUCCGCCAGAACAUCCCUUCUUUGACAGAAAUCCUCAUAAAAAGGCUUUGAUGGAAACAUUCGGUACUGAGGAAUACGAGGUGGUGGCGGAACAGGCUAAGGGAGUGGUGAGAUGUACGGGAGAGUGGAGAUCUCUAAAAGCCCUCGCUCAGAAUGUGGCGAUUACCAAACUCAUCAUUCAUGGAGCUUUGGACUGGAUCUUCGGAGAGAUCUUGAAUGUUCAAGUGAGAAUAAAAGCAGAGGAGGAUGAGGCCGAUACUUCUGUGCACGAGUCUCACUCGGAGUUUGCGAUCUUCUGA